AAAUAUAUCUGCGUUCUUUGGUAGGGAACUACAUAUCUGUGUUCUCCACUAGUUUUUGGCCUUUUUCUGUUUUUUCCCCAUAGAAAGAAACUAAAACCGACUUUGCUCUUUCAUAUAUCAGCAAAUUUCCAAUUUGGGAAGUAAACCGUGCAAAAAUUGGAAAUCUGUCGCCACUCUCACAGUAUCACUCUUCCAAGGGUUUGGAUCGAGUUUUGAUUGGAAGUGGGUUUGUGUGAAAUGUUGAUUUUAAGUAUGAAUUCAAAAAGACAACGGCGCCCAAAUGUUAGGUUAGGGGAAGUGGGAGAUAUACCUGCGGCUUUUGCAUGUGGAUUUUCUCAGAAAGGGAAGGGAGAUUUUGAGGGUAAGAGAUGGAAAGAUGAUUUUGUGGUUAAUCCUGAUGAAAACGAACUUGGUACCAUUACUGGGUUUUCAAAGCAAGAGACCCCUUAUUUCUUGGAUUCUGAGUUUGGUGUUGCUCCGAAGGUUUCUGUGGAUUUGCAACAGAAUAGAGAGAAUAAGAACCCAAAUUCAGCAAAAUCAGCUUCUGAGUUUGCAAGUUCAGAUGAAAUUGAUGGGAAUAAAACUGAGUUGAAUUUUGGUACCAUUACCCGGAAGAGCAGGGUCAUGAGGCGGCGAGGGCAAAGCAGAGAAGGUAAAGGUAAUGAUUUUGUGCCUGGUAAUGCUUGGACUUGGCAUUCUAAAGUAACCCCUUGGUUUAGUAAUGAAGACAAGAGAGAGGGUGGUGAAAAGGAUUAUAUUGGAAUCACAUCAAGUGAUUAUCUGGAUUACAACUCUGGCGAUGGUUUUAAGGAGUUCUCAGAUCGUGAAACACCAGCUACCAGCAAAGAGGCUUGUGACUAUGAUACUGAUGAACCUGCUUAUGAUAUGUGGCAACAAGGAAAUUCAAAUCAAUACUGGAAGGCAGAUGCUUGCCGUGAAGGGAGUGACACCUUUCUUAAAUCUGGUGAUGGAUGGUACCAAAUGAGAUAUGGGAGUAAUGAUAUAAACACUGUUAGAAGGUGGCUAGAGGAGGUUGGGUUUGGUAAGUAUGCUGAUGUUUUUGAAUUGCAUGAGGUUGAUGAGCAAACUUUGCCACUUCUUACUCUUGAAGAUCUCAAGGAGAUGGGUGUGUUUGCUGUUGGGCAUCGAAGGAAAUUGUACAAUGCAAUACAGCAAUUAGGAGGACGAGAUGUUUCUGCUUGAAGCUUAACCAAGAAUGUAGGUAAUCGUUUUCUUUUUGUUUAUAGCUGCUGUUUUGUACAGUAGAAGUAUCACAAAUAUGUAUGUAACUUUUUGGAAGUACUGAUGAUAUGUUUUGUUUUACUCAGUUCUCUACUAACUUGGUCAAUGGGAUAGUAUUAUAUUACCUGUACACUUGUUCGUAACUCUUUAAGUAUCAUCCAUUUCUGGAAGCUUUGAACCUAAACAGUGGAAUGUAGUU